AUGGCCUCAUCUCCAAACGAUGUCGUCGUUGAACUCGCCGAUGAACGGUGUGUGCUGAAGGCUGUCAUGGAGAGGUCUAAGCAGUUGGCUAGACUCCAAGAGACUGGACUAGAUGAUGACGAAAUAAGAGCAGGGUCUUCACUGGAAGAAAGUACGACACCGGGACUGGUGACUAGAGGUCGUCCGAAUAGGCUCUUUGCCCUCCUGAUUGGAGUCGACGACUAUCAAGGUGACGGGUAUAGAAGUCUCCGGGGCGCCGUGAAGGAUGCACAUAACGUGGAGGCUUUCUUGCUGAGCCAGAACCCUCCAGUCCGUGCUGAACGCAUCAAGAUUCUGACGAAUGAACAAGCUACUGAGGCCAACAUCAUCGCGAGUAUCAGGAGCUUUUGGCGGCAUGUCUGCGAUAGCAAGGCUCGCUGCACGUGUGCCGUCGAGAACGUACGAAGAGACGACCCCAUCCUGAUAUUCUAUGCGGGUCAUGGGUGCAGUCUUCCCAAACCGGAUGGAUGGCCAACCGCGAGCUCGCACAUUCAGGCUCUUGCGCCAUACGAUGCGCGGGUAGAAAAUGGCGUUGUCAAGGGCGUCAUUCCGGAUCGAGUGUUCGGCGCUCUUCUGAGGGAGUUGGCCAACAAUAAGGGCGAUAACAUCACCGUCGUUCUUGAUUGCUGCCAUUCAGGCUCGGGGACUCGGGACAGUGACAGCAUUCCUCGUGGCAUUGAGUUCAAGAGCUAUAGACCAGGCGAAGACGAAGUGAUCUAUCAUACAAUCGAUCCCUCGUACCAAAAGGAGAUAUGGGGUGCCGACAACUGUCAAGACCGGAGUCUUCGGAGUAUUGAGCGCGGCGUGGGAGGCAAGGUCGACCCUUCGGCGUUUGCCAAUGGCAGUCUGCAGUCUCACGUACUUCUCGCUGCUUGCAGUCCAGACCAAAGCGCCUACGAGGAUUGCGUGGUCCACGGCGGUCGUUUCACUUCGGCACUUCUAGCGCUCCUGAAGCAGCCAACUGCGGGCGCGAUGACGUACUCUGAAUUGAUCAAGAGGCUGGACAAGCUACCAUUGCAGACACCUCAAUGUGAGGGCCGUGACAGCGGCACGCGCCUAAUCUUUGACACGGGCCUUGUACAACGCAUUCGCGAUUGUUACAACGUCGUUGAAUCCGUGCCGUCUUAUCACCUGCGUGCUGGUCGCAAAGACGGCGUGAGAGAACGAGAUGUCCUUGCGGUCUACCCGGACGAAAGAACCUGGUCUUCCCAAACUACGCCCCUUCUCAACCUCGUAGUCGACGCUACGAAUCAAUUCACGAGCUCCGUCUUGCCUAUCGGAAAUCCUCGAUCCGAUAUACUAGACAAGUAUCCCAACGCUGUUGCCGUGCUAGCCCGUACGAAGACCACUACGGGCUCUUGUGUAGAUGCUAGGAGACCAUAUUGCGUAUCUUCGGCAAUCAUCAAAUCGACACACACACUAUACGCCGGUCGCAUCCACGGUAUUAUUGAAGGGGACGUUUUCGCCGUAUACGAACAUAAAGAUGCUUACAUCUCGGCAUCGCCUCCGUCCGGCAGACUGAUGGUCAAUUUCGUGAAUGCGACCACGAGCGCCCUGUCACCCCACGGAUGCUCGAACCUCACCGUGUCUGAUACCGCUGCGAAGUCUGUCGCUAUUUUGGACCAUGCAAGUGCACGGAAACCAUUCGGUGUGCAUGUAGAUGCCCAAGAACAUCCGCAGCUGUGCGAAUUGGUGGCCUUGGCUUUGGCGAAGGAGUCACUUGAUCCGGCUGGUCGCUUUGGAAGUUGCUUGAUGCUUACUCCUCUUGAAGAGGCAUGCCUCUCAAUCGUCCCAGCCGACAACGAUACUGUCGAUCUUGUCAUAUUGGACACGCGCGUUAGGAUGCUGGGUUCGGAGAAACUCAACGGGACUAUUGUUAGAGAGGUAGCAUCUCUUCGAGCUGCCCUGCGAUCUGCUGCGCACUUCUUCUACUAUCUCGACUCCUCUCCCGAAAAGCAAAAACACAAGACCGACGUGUCUGUACGUAUGUGGCAGAUGAUCGAUAGCAUUGACUAUCAUGCGAGCGGUAGCUCUCACGUUCCCAUUCCCGUCUACCGACCCAUCAUCGAAGUUGACGACUUUCAAACUUCGGGUGUGCUCAAGCCCGCGGUCUCGCAAACCGAAGAUGGAGCUGUCUACUUAUACGGUAUGGAUAUCUCGCUGGUUCGCAAGGCAAAAUGCGACCUGUUCGUGUGGCUUUUCUAUUUCAAUUGCGGAACGCUCGGAAUCAAUCAAUAUUAUUCCCCGCCCAUAGUGCGGGAUGGCAAUGGCACGGCGCCCUUACGCGUUGACGCUCGAGAGCCGUUACCGCUGAACUAUGGCGACGCCGGUCAUGCACCCUUUAUCUUCAAGCUUCCAACUGGGAUCUGCCGCGAAGUCGGUUUCCUGCGACUCUUCCUGUCGACGCAUUACACUGAUCUCGCAGAAAUUCAACAAGCACCGAUUGUUGACUCUGGUCGGGGCUGUAGUCCAGUCUUGACAUCUAAACCCGCAGUGGAGGGAUGGGAUGCACUCACGUUCGCCGUCGUGCUUACCCGUGAUGAGACAGGCGUCGAUCAGGGCUGGAGUGAUAGUGAUUGA